AUGCAAAAUGUAACUAAAUGCAGAAACCUUCAGUUACGUCUUCCUUUCUUAGGACCCCGCCUCUAGAGCAAGUGUGGCUGAGAACUUUUCAGUUGCAAAAAACUGAUUUAAUUUCCUGUGCUUCUUCUUAUUUAGUUUGCUCUUACUUGGUGACAAGAUGACAAGACUGUCUGAGCCACAACGGAGUUGCACAGAGGGCACAAGACAUCCUGUUUGCAAAAUGUUUGUCACACGUGCAGCUGCCUCAAGUUCCUAAUUACUCUUGAUGUCUGGGUGUUUAUAACAGAAAUACAUUCCGCUGAUGAGCAAACAAUCCACUACAAGAGGAGAAGCAAAAAAACAAUGCUAAAGUAAAGGUAAAUGCUUAAAUAUAAAAUGUGUAUUUUUCCAAACCAGGUUAAAAGGAUCAUAAACCCAAACCACAAUGGAUUUGUACACGUUACCAAAUGAAUCCCACCCAGACAAUGUGACAUUAGAUAUGCUUCAAAACAAACUCAUCUUGGUAGCUUUACCAGUUGUGUAUUCAUUCGUGACUUUAAUAAGCAUUCCUGGAAAUGCUAUUUCACUUUGGAUUUUGAUAUUUCACUCUAAACCCAUCACAUCUUCAAUAAUUCUCAUGAUUAACUUGAGCAUUACAGACCUUGCACUUGCUGUAGUUCUUCCCUUUCAAAUAUACUACCAUGCCAAAGGGAACAACUGGAUAUUCGGGAAAGAGCUUUGCAAUGUGGUGACUAUUAUGUUUUAUGUUAAUAUGUAUGGUACAAUAUUAACAAUCAUGUUGAUCAGCUUGGAGCGAUACUUAGGCAUUAUCCACCCAAUGAAAUCAAGUACGUGGAGAAGAAAAAGGUACGCGAUUGGAGCGAUUCUUCUAAUUUAUCUGCUGUUGUUCAUUGUAUUGAUCCCUAUGGAGUCGACAGACCUAACAUAUGAAGUCAAGCAUCUAAACAUCACAACAUGUUUUGAUGUACUGAAAUGGAACAUGUUGCCAAAUAUUAUAUCCUGGGCAAUUUUCAUCAUUUCACUUUUCUUUCUUUUGUUUUUAAUUCCGUCUAUAAUUACUGUGGUUUGUUAUGUCCGUAUAAUUAGAAAACUGAUUCAGACAUCCAAUAGGAACGGCACAGGUCACGAAAGAAGAUCUAUCAACCUUGCUAUAUUUGUCCUUAUAGUGUUUGUCACCUGUUUUGCACCAAACAAUGUAAUCCUUCUAGUGCACACAAUUGUUCGGCUCUUCUAUCAAAACAGUUAUUACUAUGCUUACAAACUGACACUUACCUUGAGUUGUUUAAGCAGUUGUGUGGACCCUUUUCUUUAUUACUUUGCUUGUAAAGAAUUUCGGAAGAAAGCUUUAGAGUUGUUGAAUUGUAGAUCACGAAGCAUUGAAAAGUCUGGAACUAGGCGAGGCAGCUUGUUCUCCGCUCUGACUUUUUCCAGUGGACAGUGUGAGGCCUUAGAAAAUGGGAACAUCCACAGAUUUGACAAUAACCAGCAGGCUAGCGAUAUGUAGACAUUAUUGUAUUCUUAUUGUAUGAGGGUUGGAGGAAUGUAACAUUAUUUUUAUACACAUCUAAACGACCUCAUAUACAUUAUAGUAUUUUCAGCUAAACUCACCAUUUUCAGCAGUGUUGGCCAACAAUCUAAUGUGUAUGUAUCUCUCUAAUCUUUUCUGAUAGAUGAUGUCGGGGAGAGAAGGAUUGGGUGCUUUGAAUGUCAGCACCUGAUUUUUUGUUCUCCAGGGGAUAAGCCACCAACAUAGGUUGUUUUUGUUUCUUCUUUCUCUUCUUAGGUUAUUCUCUUCUUUCUCUAUUGAAAUCACAAGCAAAAGCUUAACUG